AGCGCAAAAGCUAUGAUUCCUCGUAAUUCUGAUAUUUUUGUUUGUACCUAUCCUAAAUGUGGAACUACAUGGAUACAACACAUAUGUUCACAGUUAAUGACUGAUAAUUAUGGACCACAAGUUGGAAGUGAAGUUUCAGAAUUGUGCAUGACAAGUCCGAUGAUUGAACGAAUGGGUGCUGAAUUUGCGAAUAAUCUAAGUUGUCCACGACUAUUAAAAACUCAUUUUGCCUGGUAUAAUAUUCCUAAAAAUCCAAAUGCUAAAUAUAUUUUCGCUGUUCGCAAUCCAAAAGAUUGCCUCACAAGUUAUUUCUUCCACAAUCGCAACUUCAAAAUUUACAAUUAUGAACAUGGAAAAUUCUCAAAUUUCUUCGAACUAUUUUUGACAAAGAAUAUAGCGUUUGGAAAUUAUUUCGAUCAUUUAAUCAGUUGGCUACCACAUAUUCAUGAUGAUAACAUAUUAUUCCUAAAAUACGAAGAUAUGUAUGCUAAUUUACGACAUAGUGUACAACAAAUUGGUCAAUUUAUUGGUGGCAAAGCUGCAGAACGAAUUCAAAAUGAUCAAAUUCUUGAUCAAAUUGUUGAAAAUAGCACAAUCAAAUCAAUGAAAAAAGAUCAGUGGCGAUGGUUUCCAGAAAAUAAUUUACAUCAGAAUACUUUUAUCCGAAAAGGUGGAAGCCGAGAUUGGAAAAAUUACUUUAGUCGAGAACAGUCAGAUCGACUUGAUAGUAUAUUUCACGAACGUCUAGAUGGAACAAUUGCGGAACAGUGGUGGAAAGAUGAAAUGGCUUGGAAUCUAGAAGAAAAUGAUAAUAAUGAUGAUGAAUACGAUGAUGGAAUUGAUUUAGAUUUCAAUGGUUUAUCAGAUGAUACAAAUAGUUCAAGAAGUUCAAGACGUGCGUCAUUAGAAGAUUCCGAACAAGAUUCUAUUAUUAAUGCAAUGGGUUUCAGUAAUUUGCAAAAUGCCCUUCAGAAGUACAUACCUUGGCGUGAACGGUUAUCAUCACAAUCAUCUUCUGGAUACAAUUCAUUAUCAUCAUCUUUAUAUUAA